AUGGAUUUGGAGACAUUUCUUCAUGCCAGAGCACAAGAGCUAGUGAGCAAUGAAUUAAUGGCAAUUGUGACAUAUGCUGCUCAUGAUGUGGUUGAUUUUAGUACAGACUUGUAUGCUGGCAAAGAACUUGAACUGUUGGGAAGUUGUCUAAUGGACAUGGCCAGAUUGGGGCUAGUAAGUGAAGAAAAAGUGGACACUUACAAUGUGCCCACAUACUUCCCACACCUGAAUUAUCUGAAGAAAAUACUUGAAAGUAACGAAGAUUUAAGCCUCGAGGAAAUGGAUAGAAAGUUUCUACCAAACAUUGAAACUUAUGUUUCCUCAGCGAGGGCUGUGCAUGAAGUGCUCAAUGAGAAGCAUUUUGGAGAGGGAGUUGUUGAUGAGCUUUUUGAUCGUUUUGCAAAGAAAGUUAUGAAAUUCCCAGAAAUCACUAAUUUUCGCAACUCUAAACAGCAUAGACUUUUUAUUCUUCUCCGACGAAACGUGCAUGCAUGA